AUGGACCCCUUCACCAAGAAGACGUUCACGACCGCCCGGGGCCUGGCCUACGCCUUCUACGACUCCUCGCCGAACGCGCCGCACUCGGCCUCCCUCCCGACGAUCCUCCUCCUCCACGGCUACCCGGACUCGGCCCGGAUCUGGUCCGAGGUGGCGCCCCGGCUGCUGCCGCUGCGCGCCCGCAUCAUCGUCCCGGACCUCCUGGGGUACGGCGACACGGACAAGCCCACGGACCCGGCGGCGUACGACUCCGAGUCGAUGGCGGGCGACGUGGCGGAGCUGCUGGCGGCGACGGCGCCGGGGCGCUGCGUGGCCGUCGGGCACGACUGGGGCUCGUUCCUGGCGCAGCGGCUGCACCUGUGGCACCCGCACGCCGUCGCCGGGCUGGCCAUGGUCAACGUCGCCUACAUGGCGCCCUUCCCCACCCGCCUCGACCUCGCCGCCCUCGACCCGCGCUGGUCGUACUGGGGCUUCUACGCCGGCGACGGCGACGCCGCCGCCGUGUGCGCCGCCCACGCCGCGAGCCUGUGGUGCGCCAUCCACGCCGCGAGCGACGACGUCCGGCGCGCGCUAUACUCGGCGCCCGGCGCGCUGCGGCGCUUCCUCGAGGCCGACGGCGCGUGCGAGGUGCGCGCCUACGGCCGCCUGCCGGCGCACCGCGACCCGCGGGCCGAGUGGCUCGCGCGCAUGCGGGCGGGCGGCUUCGAGGGCCCCCUGUGCUGGUACAAGGCCGUCGUCGGCGGCUUCACGCCCGCGGUCGAGGCCGAGCUGGCGGGCCGCGACCCGGGCCGGCUCGUGGUGCGGGUGCCGGCGCUGUUCGUCGGCGCGACCGGCGACCAGAUCUGCUCGCCCGACGCCAUCAGGGAGCCCUGGGCGCGCGGGCUGCUGCCCGACCUGCAGAUCAAGAUGAUCGACGGCUUCCACCGGCCCAUGCUCGAGAAUCCCGAGCAGCUGGCCCUGUUCGUCGCCCACUGGCUGAUUGAGAAACUCGGAUUCCCGCCCGGCUUCGCGCCCGACAUGUACACAGGCCUGUAG